AUGGCAGACUCUGGUACUGUGAAAGCACUUUUCUACGCUUGCUUGGCUUUCAUUGGCUUUCUAAUAACCGUCACAAUAUUUUUCAUUUACACAUUGGUAUUUCGUGUCAAGCGACAAUUCGUUUACCACAUCAGUGUUUCUGAUAGUACUAUACAUCCGUAUAGUACUAGGGAACAAAGAGUAACGGAGAGCUCAGCCACCACAGGACUUCCUGGAACCAUAGAAAACCAAGGAAACGCAGAUGAUGAUAGAGAUACGGACAGUUUAACCCGGAACCUAUCGUUCAGGAAUUUCGAAAGACCAGAGCAGCCAAUUAACACUGCGUACCAAGAAAGCAUUGAAAACCAGGUCACUUCCGAGUAUCCAGAAACCAUAGAACACCCACAGAUCACCUUGAACGAAGGACGCACAGAUGAUGGUAAAGAUACGGAUAGUUUAACCCGGAACAUAUCGCUCAGGAAUGUGGAAAGACCAGAGCAGUCAGUUGACACUGCCUACCAAGAAAACGUCGAAGCAAGCAUCGAGAACCAGGUUAUGACCAUGCACUCGGAAGCCAUAGAACACCCUGCACAGACUACCGAGAACAUAGGCACCAUGGAUGAUGAUAAAGAUUCGGACAUUUUAUCCCGAGGACGACUGUCGUUCACCACCUUCGAAAGACUCAUUGAAUAUGCAGGUACCACUGAAGUCUCGGAAACCACGGACCAUCCAGAAACCACAGGAUAUCUGGGGAUCCAAGGAAACCCAG